AUGCGUUGGCUUCAGAGGCUCUUCCCCCACCCCGUAUCAUUUUAUCAAGGGGCGGCUUUUCCGUUUGCACUUCUGUUUAAUUGUCUCUGCAGUUUGGAAUCCUUUUCUGUUCGUGCCAGGUAUCUCUUCCUCCUCGCAGGCGGAGUCAUCCUGGCGGUGGCUGCUCUGGGCUCCCUCGCCGUGCUUGUCUUCAUUCCCGCCCUGGGCGCUGUCAUUCUGAUCACCUCGCUUGGUCCACGAGAGGUCCACGGGCCCAUGUUCUUCCUGCAGAUGGGCUGGCAGACCAUGUGCCACCUGGGAUUGCACUACACUGAGUAUUACCUGCAGGAACCUCCCUGCCCCAGGUUCUGCAUGACUCUCUCUGCCCUCAUGCUCCUGACCCAGAGAGCCACGUCUCUGUCGCUGGACAUCCUUGAGGGGAGUGUGGACACGGCGUGGGGCAGCCCGGGAGGCAGGCGCUCUUGGUCUGCGCGCUUGGGCGCGGCGCUGCCCUAUUUCAGCUACUUGCUCUGCUUCCCCGCGCUCCUCGGGGGCCCGCUGCGCUCCUUCCAGGGCUUUAGGGCUCUGGUUCACGGGUCCCGCGGGGGCGAGCGCCGACGCUGUUUCUGGCCCCUGGCCCGGAGCGCGGUGCAGAUUCUGGGCCUGCAGAGCCUGCGGGUGGUGCUGGCGGAGGCGGUGCGCGCGCGCGCGGGGCUGGCCGACUGCCGGCGGGUCCAGUGCAUCUGGGCGCUGUGGUCCGGCGCCGGCCUCUUCAAGCUCACCUACUACUCCCACUGGCUCCUGGACGAGGGCCUCCUCCGGGCCGCAGGCUUGGCGCCGGACCUUGACCAGAGCCCCGGGGAGGAGGGGUCUGACGCUGACAUCUGGACCCUGGAAAGCACCCACAGGCUGUCCCUGUUCGCCAGGACCUGGAACCACAGCACCGCUCGCUGGCUGCGGCGCCUCGUCUUCCAGCGCAGCCGGGCCUGGCCCCUGUGGCGCACGUUCGCCUUCUCGGCCUGGUGGCACGGUCUGCACCCCGGCCAGGUGUUCGGGUUCCUGUGCUGGGCGCUGGCGGUGCAGGCGGACCGCCGGAUCCACGCCUGGGCGCGGCUCUGCCCGCGUUCCCGGGCCUUGGGGCUGCUCUACCGGGCUCUGGCCUGGCUGCACACGCAGCUCACCGUCGCCUAUAUCCUGCUGGCCGUGGAGGGCAGGAGCUUCUCCUCCCUCUGGCUGCUGUGGAAUUCUUACGGCAGCGUCUUCCCCCUGACGCACUGCAUUUUGCUCUUGCUGUUAUCCAAGAGAAAACACAAAGGGAACUGA